AUGGCUCUUCCACUCGUAUCUCUGUCCGGCCGGUUAAUCUUGUCCCCGCCAACAGAGAGAGAUGACCCACACUUUGUUGCGCUGAGAAGCCAUCCAGAAACACGGCAAUACAUUCCUCGCCAAUUUUUCCCGGACAAUUUCACUGUCGAGGCCGCUCGCGCCCGUAGAGAAUCUCGUGCCUCUGAUCCAGCCAUCGUCGACUUCAGCAUUCGCUCAAAAGACGGCGACGAAUACCUGGGCGCCAUUGGGAUUUUCCAUGUCGACGAGGCCAUGAAGUCAUGCGAGUCUGGAGUCGCUAUCUCACCCGCCGCGUUUCGAACUGGCGUGGCCACGGAGGCAUUCCAUGCGGUCAUGCGGUAUGCAUUCGAGACGCGGGGACUGCAUAGGGUCGUAUUCCACACUGCUGCCUCCAACGUCCGAAUGCGCGGCUUGCUGGACGGGGCUGGUGCCAAAUUGGAGGGGAUCUUACGCGAAGUCUGGCCAGCGAACGAGGGCGAUGGAUUCUCCGAUGCUUGUGUGUACAGCAUUUUGGCCCAGGAGUGGACGGAAACCGUCAAAUCACGACUAGAGGAACGUAUAUCUAGACUCUGA